UGGGUUUGGUUCAAGUUCAUUCCAGCUGGUUUCUUUUAUCGUUCACUUUGACAACGGCUAACCCCCAUAUAAGUAAUGUGAAACCGUCUGGCAAACUUCAGUCAGUAAAGCGCUGCAGACACACGUUAUAAAAAUAAAAUAAAAUAAUAAAAAACGUAUGCGGCCUGAAAGUGUAGAAUAUAGCUUUUCGAAUAAAACUCUUGCAAGCAGCGGUCUACAUUAACCAUGCAAAUGGUUUUACGGUUCUAAAUAGUGGAUAUAUAAGUUUUUUUUUCCCCUUCUUUUCCAAGGGAGAAUCCCCCGGCGUUCUCCGACUCAUUGCUGAGAUGGAGUGUACUUUAUAUAACGCAGAUCGAGAAGGCAGCUCCAAAGUCAUACAUUUCGCUCUAUGUGUUUUAUCUGUGGUGGCUAUGUUUGCAAGGCUGCAGGACACCUCGGCACUCCCCGCCUGGAGACUUCAGGAAGAAGCUCAAACCUCCAGUGUCUUAGUAAUUGGCAUCCGAAAGGAAGCCCACUCCCAGCUACUGCAUCUCUCACGGAAGAAACGCUACACUCUCACCCCCGGCAUGUACAAAUGGGACAAAUUCAAACUCACGUACAAGCUGCUGUCGUUCCCGCGGAACCUGAUGAACGAGAGUGACACGCGGAAGGGUAUGGCAGCUGCAUUCACCAUGUGGAGUGACGUCUCCCCCUUCAGCUUCAGGGAAGUGCCGGAUGAUCAGGAGGCGGAUAUUAAAAUAGGGUUCUACCCCAUUAACCACACGGACUGCCUGCAGUCGUACCUGCAUCAGUGCUUCGACGGCAUCACCGGGGAGCUUGCACACGCCUUCUUCCCUCCCACCGGUGAGAUCCACUUCGACGACAGCGAGUACUGGGUCCUGGGAAACAUGCACUACAGCUGGAAAAAGGGGGUGUGGCUCACAGACGUGGUUCACGUGGCAGCCCACGAGAUUGGCCACGCCCUGGGGCUGAUGCACUCCCUCAACCCCAUGGCCAUCAUGCACAUCAACGCCACUCUGACCGGGAGGAAGGAUAUCUCUCAGGACGAGGUCUGGGGUCUGCACCGGCUCUACGGUUGUUUGGAUAGGUUGUUUAUCUGUCCCACCUGGGCCCGGAAAGGCUACUGCAACUCAAAAAAACGGCUUAUGAAAAAACACUGUCCUUCCAGCUGCGACUUCUGCUAUGACUUCCCCUUCCCCACCAUAGCUCCAACCCCCGUCCCUCCCAGGACAAAAAACAAACUCGUCCUUCAAGGAAAGAAACUCACCUUCCGCUGCGGGAAAAAGAUUGCUGCGAAGAAAGGCAAAGUUUACUGGUAUAAAAAUGGGGAGCUGUUGGAGAACUCCUACCCAGGUUACAUCUCUCUGAAAGACGACUACCUCAGCAUCGUUGCCAACGGCAUCAACGAGGGCACUUACACCUGCAUAGUCAAGAAGCACAACAAGGUCCUGACCACAUACACCUGGAAGGUUCGGGUUCGAUUCUAACAAGACAGUCUCAUCAUCGAAUGGGGGGAGGGGUGGGGGGUGGGAUCCAAUACAGUUCAAGAACUUGUAUGUAAACCAAUGUAACAAACACACACGUCACAUUGGCAGCGAUGUUUUGUGUGAAUUAGGGACUUUCAAAGAAGUGCUCUUCAGGCACCGUCUGUGGUUAAAAUUGGGUCAGAUUCGACAAGAAUAAAAGUCAACUGCUA